UUGGAAGUUGUUGAACUCCAAUGCACCUAUUUUAUCAUAUAUAAAAUAGAAUGAUUAUAUAACUAUAAGGCAUCUUCACCGGAGGAUUAAGCAGGCCAAUUAAAAUGGAAGGCUUAACAUUGAUAGUAGUGAUGAUGUCAAGCUUUAUGUUGGGAGGGAAAGGUCAGCAGAUAAGCACGCCAUGUACCUCCUCCAUGAUCUCUACCUUCACUCCAUGUCUCAACUUCAUCACCGGAAGCAGCGGCGGUUCCGUCACUCCCACCGCCGGCUGCUGCGACUCCUUGAAGACGUUGACCAACACCGGAAUGGGCUGUGCUUGCCUCAUCCUCACCGCUAAUGUCCCGCUGCCUACUGGCUUCAUCAAUCGGACUCUCGCGCUUGCUCUACCUCGAGCCUGCAAAAUGGGCGGUGUACCUAUUCAGUGUCAAGCUGCGGGGACUCCUCUACCAGCGCCAGGUCAGGUUCCAUUUUUGAUUGCUCCCCCACCUCCUGUCUCUGCUUUUAGCCCCGGAGCGUCCAAGGCGGCGGUGACAACACCAACACAGGCACCUGCACCUGCACCAGAUAUUCCCGCAGAUGGACCAACGGGUCCCACAACUAAACCUGGAAUUCGACCCGUAGAUCAGCCCAUGCAACCCACCAGCCUCGCUCAGUUUUCUACUUCUCCAUUUCUCCCGUUGCUCUUCAUAUCUCUUAUCCUGUUGACUUUAUAAGCCAAUCGGCGUCUAAAAUCUUUAAACUUAUGCAUGUGUUGUUGUCAGAUAUUUUCAUUACGAGUUCAUUGUUACACAUGAUUUCAACAAAAAUACUUUUCAAGACUCUGAUAAAUUAUUUCAAAAACUUCGUAUGUCAUA